UUUCUUCACUAAAGCAGAAGAUCCACGUUUCUACAUUGCUUUCUCGCUAAAUCAAUUUCAAUUUAAAUGAAUCCCUUGAGUUGUCAAUGCACUUCUGAAAAUGACCCAUCCGAGGACCGGUGGGAGUGACGUCAUCUCGACGCGACGACAAGACAUAAGCACCAGCUCCACGGACCAGCUUGUCGUCCCUCACUCCUCAGCCUGGCAGUGCUGGCCAUCGCCUCUGGGCCGCUUCUACCGCGAUGGACAACACUGGGGAGUCGCCCACAGACAAAGGCGGAGAGCCAGGGGAGUCAGAGGAGAUGAGGACUACUCCUGGGGCCCCGGCGGCUGCCGACACUGAGGGAAUCCCGGAGGAAACGGACCGCGAUGGAGACGCGGACUUGAAAGAAGCCGCGGCAGAGGACAGCGAGCUCAAGAGUCGGGAUGUCUCAGAUUUAACAGCCGCUGAGAGGGAAGACUCAUCACUACUUACUCCUGCAGCCAAAAAACUCAAACUGGACACGAAGGAAAAGAAGGAGAAGAAGCAGAAAGUGGACGAAGAUGAGAUUCAGAAGAUGCAAAUCCUGGUCUCUUCUUUUUCUGAGGAGCAGCUGAACCGUUAUGAAAUGUAUCGCCGGUCAGCAUUCCCCAAGGCAGCCAUUAAAAGGCUAAUCCAGUCCAUCACUGGCACCUCUGUGUCUCAGAAUGUCGUGAUUGCCAUGUCUGGUAUUUCUAAAGUGUUUGUCGGGGAGGUGGUAGAAGAAGCCCUGGAUGUGUGUGAAAAGUGGGGAGAAACCCCUCCCCUGCAGCCCAAGCACAUGAGGGAGGCUGUGCGGAGGUUGAAGUCCAAGGGGCAAAUCCCCAACUCAAAGCACAAGAAAAUCAUCUUCUUCUAACUCUAACCAAAAAGGUCCCCGACGUCUCCCAGUUGUUGUGGCUCCAAGGACGCAUGAUGCUGAUUUUAGUGUCACAUCUACAAGGCACACAGUGUGGCUCAGACUUGCCUUCACUCAAUCCUGGACUGUCUCCACUGUGUCCUGGCUAGUUUGAAGAAGAAAGAUACAAGGCCUUUAGCAUCUUCUGGAGAGCGAGAUGCUUUCAGAGAAACCAGACAGAGGGCUCUGCGACUUCACCAUGAAGCCUGGCUUAUGAUUACCUACCGCGAGGACAGUCACACAACAGCUUUUCCAACAUGUAUGGAAAAGUUUAUUUUGUUGCAGACA